AUGGGUAAACGCCGCGCAAUCCAUAAGAUGCUGACGGUAUCGGAAGGAUACUGGGGUUUUGUGCACCAAAAGCGAUUCUAUCGAUGGUUAUACGCGUCACUAACAUUCUCGGCCAUCUUUGCCGUGGUCGUGGCCUUCUUUGACGUGGGCGCUGGCACUUCACACGCUGCUCGUUUUGUGGCUAGCAAGUAUACGCAGGGUCAAUUGGAUGAGAAUUUGCGGCUAUUGCAAUGGAUUUACAUCUUUUACCCGACACCUUUUGUCUUUGCCUGGUUUCUCGUCUACUUUGCCAAGUUUCUCUUUUGCUGGAAGAUCAAACGUCUGCGUAAAGCACGAAAUUACAAGUACAAUCUCAUGCUAACGUCACUAGUCGUCGCUAUUUUCUACGCUUUUGUUUUGAAAUCUGUGCUAAAGAUGACGCUUCAAACUGGCCCCAAAUUGCGUAGUGCAAUUGUUAUUGGACUGUGCGAGCUUGGACUUGUAGGUAUUGAGGUGUUUGAUGAACGGAAAGAGCGAAAGGACCGUCAUCGAAAGAAAAAAUUGCUACGAGAUCAACAAGAACGAGAACUUCGAUUUGACGCGGAGCAGCAGCAAUUGACACAUGGUAGAGAUCUCGUGGGCAUGCUGUAA